UUUUUUUUAACUUUAUAUUAAAUAUGUAUGCAUAUUCACAUAUAUAGAAAAGCUUGUGCGUUGUAUUAGUAGCAGUAUAAUAUUAUGCUGUGUUAUUUACCUGUCAAAAGCAUGCUUAAUAAGAUUAAGAUUCAGUUACUGUCUGCAUUUAAAAAAAAAAGUCAAAAAAAAAAGUGAAAAAAAAAACUUUUCUUUUCUAUCGGCUUCUCUUCCCUAUACAUAUAUAUAUAUAUAUAUUAUCUUUUAGAAUCAAUGCGUUUAAAGGCAUUUUUAGAAAGAAAGGGGCUUUUAGCCAUUGGAUUUAUGAUCACUAUCAUAACACUAUUCAGAUUAACUAGUCAUCCAUUCGUUGAAAAAAUUAUGCAACCAUUACCGUAUUACAAAAAUAAUGAUGUACCUGUAUGUUUACCUGAAAAAUAUUUUAUAAAACAAAAGCCUGUGAUAAGAAAGGCAAAGGCAGCUAUCGUUAUCUUGACACAUAAUGAUGAAAGAGACAGAAUCGUUGAGACAAUCAUCAAUUUUGAGGAUAAGUUUAACAAAAAUUUCCAUUAUCCAUAUGUCUUUUUAAAUAAUGAACCUUUUAAUGAAGAUUUUAAAGAUGCAAUGCGUCUUGUUGUAUCAUCAGAAACUGACUUGAACUUUGGUCUUGUUCCAAGAGAACAUUGGGGAUAUCCGGAAUGGGUCGAUGAAGAAAGGACAACUAAAACUAGACAAGAAAUGAAUGAUGCUAAAAAAGGUGGAUUAGAAAGCAAUCGAUAUUAUUCAGGCUUCUUUUUUAUGCAUCAUUUACUAGAUGAGUAAAGUGAAUAAUAUAUACAUGAUAUGAUUUAUGUCUGACAUAUAUAAAUAUAUAUACAUAUAUAU